AUGACGUCAUCCUCAUCCUUUUCAGAUUUUUGAAAUUGCUGGUGUCAAAGCAACCAGCCUUCCGUCAAACAAGAGGACAAGAACAUCCACCACAUCUAUUGUAACACAGCGCCGCAUUCUAGCUGCCAUGAGGAACCAUAACAGGGGGCUAUUUGUACAUGUAUUGAUUGCCUUUAUCUUGAAGAUAACAGCAAGAGAUAGUGGAGUGGUUUUCGCGUUUGUGCGCUCUCCAUCACAUUAUCGGUACAAGUUCAGAAUACCUUUAAGACAUGACGUUGGGACAAACAAGAUUGCACCGGUUGCACUCAAGGCAGACCAAGACCACAGCGAGCCUGAGGAAGUCAACAAUAAAAUCACAGGCCAAGCGGCAAAGGAAGAAGAAUUGGGUUUGCAGACAAGCAACCCCGAGAUUAUGAAAGUUAUUUCAACUCCCACUUCUUCCAGCGCCACCAGUACAGAGAAUUCCAACAGCAUAAAAAGCAGAGAUUGGCGCGACAAAGACCACGCUUCCAACAUGCACGUUGCAGCGCUUUCACCGGCAGGUCCCUUGUGGAAGGAAGAUGGUGAAGGCGAUCAAGAUCUUUCGCCAAAGUUGAACAAUAAGAGAAAGAAAAGUGUCUUGAUUCUCUGCACCGGUGGCACUCUCACCAUGGCCAACGAUCCCCAGCAGGACGACUCAUUGGCACCGGUGCAAGGAGCCCUGACAGAGUAUCUGGAAACCAUGACGGAGCUACGCGAUGAUCCCGACAUGCCCGAAGUCACGGCGCAUGAAUACAAUCCCUUGAUUGAUUCCUCGGAUAUGGGGCCUGGAGACUGGGCAGUACUGGCCAGUGAUAUUGGCGAUAAUUACUAUCACUUUGAUGGAUUUGUCAUUCUCACGGGGACAGAUACCAUGGCAUAUGCAGCCUCGGCGCUGAGUUUCAUGCUGGAGAAUCUGGGAAAACCAGUCGUAUUCACAGGCAGUCAAAUACCUCUCGUAGAGCCGUACAACGAUGCUCGCAAAAAUCUCAUCAUGGCCAUCAUCUUUGCUUGCCGAGAUAAUGUCCACGAGGUGACUAUUUUCUUCCACGACAGGCUACUCCGGGGUUGUCGAGCCACCAAAGUGAAUACUUCCCGCCUACUGGCCUUUGAUUCACCCAAUAUAGACGCAUUGGCGCAUAUUGGCAUUACCAUUGACGAACAUGACAAUCUACUGCGACCUCCACCCAAGUGGCGCUUUCGGGUCCAUACUCGCAUGGAAACGCGCCUCAUCACCUUGCGCCUCAUUCCAGGCUUUGACGACGCCAUGAUGGGACACAUGAUCCAUGCCGCUCGGGAAACCAAUCUCAAGGGUCUCGUAUUGCAACUGUACGGAACCGGCAAUCUGCCUAGCCUAAAGGAAGACUUUGUCCAAGUCUUGGCCGAUGCCGUCCAAGCCGGUGUAUGCGUCGUGGCAUGUACCCAAUGCUUUACAGGUUCCGUACGGAUGGGACACUAUGCGACUGGACGUGCUUUGAACAAGGCAGGCGUCGUGUCGGCCAAUGACAUGACGGUGGAAGCGGCCAACUGUAAACUUGCCUACUUGUUGGGACGAGGAGACUUGUCAUUUGACGAAGUUCGAGACUUGAUGGGCGUUGACCUGCGAGGAGAACUCACACCGGCCAGUCGGUUGCCUCUUCCACCCUUGUCCAGUGUUUACCAAGAAGCCAUUCACAAACAGCAGAUGGCUCAGAAACAACAACGGAGAGGAGCGGCUCCAUACUAGCAGUUUGAAGCAUGCCACCAGUAGAGCUAUUGCGACACUCCCACGGACGUUCCACCAACUUGUGUCGAUGGGAGCAAAUAUUUGCCUCCAAUAAGCUAUCUGUGACAUUUUCACUAGCAGAAAUAGCGGUAUGAAGGAUGAGCUAGCUAGCUAAGAAGAAGAGCGCAGGAUACAUGGUUCUUCGACUCUUUAUACAAUUAUAGUUUCCAGGGGCGUGAAUUCUAAGUUUGUACAGUCCUUUCAUCUUUGUCCAUUCGCCCCUGUUUGCCUAGCCAAAUGUUCAAUCAUUGUACAUGUUCGGGUAUCAUCCAUGGUGUUUGGUGUCCAUCAUCUCCUGCCAAACGUUCGCUGCAGUCACUCUCGUUUGUACACGUUCGUCUCUUUAUUGUCAUUGCGGGAUCCUCAAUCUUUUCCCAUUCCAUUUAUUUGUACAGAUCCAUCAUCUGUUUUCGAGUUUGUACAUGACCACCUAUCGCUCUGUACAGCUCGUCAGGCUGCCCAUUUAUUUGGUUGCUGCCCACACAAGGAAAGCCACGGGGAGAAGGACUGCAAUCGCAAUCGAUCCUCCGUAAGCGGCACCCUUCAUAGCAGCAGGGUUCGAUCGGUUCUUGCUCUGUUCAGGGUCCACCUUGACCUUCAAGUUGAGAGAGGUAGAAGUCUCAGCAACAAAAGGACUGAAGGAAGAAACGGGUGCGGAGGUGAUAGACACUGGUGCCUUGACACUGGUGAAAGCAGUGACACCGUUGACCACGAAAAGGGCGGCAAUAACGAGGGCGAAGAAUUUGUUCAUGGUGGAUGGAUGAUGGAUGUUUUGAAGAA